GGCAGACAACAGUCGUAGACGGCCGGGUGCGGCGUGUCCGCGCCUCUUGCGCGCCGCCAUGAUCGGGUGGGUGAGUUCCGUGGUGUUGUCAGUGCUGUCCUGGCUCUUUUCGCCGCUGCCGCUGGCGGUGCUGGCCGUCUUAUUCGUCUGCGUCUACUUCUACGUCACCAGGCACUUUGACUUCUGGAGAUCCAGGGGAGUGUUGGGCCCGACCGCCAGGUUUCCCUGGGGCACGGAGAUGGGACCGCCGUUCAUGACCCCCUUUGUCACGUUCGAGGAAUGGCUUUACUACGAGAAAGGAGGUAAGAAUUUCUGCGGCUACUUUGAGCUGAGUUUGCCAGUGCUGUACGUCGGGAAUUUGGACCUGAUUCAGAGGAUCACAAUCAAGGAUUUUGAGUACUUUACGGACCGGCGCGAGCUCUUGCUCACGGAGGAGUUCGAUGAGAUGUUGCAAGUACUGAACGGGAAAACGUGGAAGGACACCAGAUCUGUGAUGUCGCCAACGUUUUCCUCUAGCAAACUCAAGAUAAUGCAUGAGUUGUGCUUGGAAAACGCCUCAAACCUCAACAAAUACGUGCAAGACGAGAUGAAGAAGAGUGGCGAACUCGAAAUUAAGGAUUGUUUCGGUCGGUUCACCAUGGAUAACAUCGCGUCCUGCGCGUUCGGUGUCAACUGCAACUCGUUUAAAGACCCCAACUGUGAAUUUGCCAAGAACGCGGAAGAGCUUUUCAAGGCCCCUCGCGGAUAUUCCGGCUUCCGACUCUUGCUCAUCCUUCUGUUUGGUUUGGGGUCCGUGCGCCUGUUACCAGACCCGUUUGCGCGCAUCAAUGCAUUUUUCAAACAUGUUGUCAAAAGCGCCGUACGGCAGCGCGAGGCCGGCAACUCGCGCAAAGACUUCCUCCAACUGCUUCUGGACACCAAGGACAAGGACGGCAAACGCAUCCUUAGUGACAGUAGCAUUAUCAGCCAGUCGGUGCUGUUCCUCAUCGUCGGCUACGACACGACAGCCUCGCUGCUAGCGUUCGCCGCCUACUGCCUGGCGACGUCGCCCGACGUCCAGAACGCCGCCCACCGCGAAAUCGACGACGUCCUGCAGCGACACGACGGCCAGCUGACCUACGACGCCGUGGCAGAGAUGACCUAUCUGGACCGGGUGCUGUCCGAGACGCUGCGGCUGUACCCGCCGGCCAUCCGCAUGGAGCGCCAGUGUAGCCGAGACUACACAUUGCCCGACACGAACGUGCAUAUUCCGCGCGGCACAACCGUCCAGAUGCCGAUCUUGAACAUCCACCGCGACCCUGAGCACUACCCGGACCCUCUGCGCUUCGAUCCGGACCGCUUCCUACCCGAAGCGAAGGAGGAACGCCACCCGUGUGCCUUCGUACCCUUCGGCAGCGGGCCGCGCAACUGCAUCGCCAUGCGUUUCGCGCUGUUCGAGGCGAAAGUGGCAUUGAUUGCCGUGCUGCGGGAGAACCGGCUGGAGCCGAGCAAGCGGACGCCGCCGCCGCCCAUGCCGCUCGAUGAGGACAAGUUCCUACUGACCCCUAAGAAGGGCAUGGGCUACCUGCGUGCGGUAUCUCGUGAACAGAGAUAGGCGGUCGCUGUCCCUGGUCGAUCGUGGAGUUGUAGGGUGUGACCCCAAUGCUGAAGUAAUAUUCUGAUAGUACGUGUAAUGAGAUACUGUGCGUAUACCAUCUAUAUAUA